AUGAUGAAGCUGCUUCCUGUGGCUAUGGUCGGUCUGCUUACCCUUUUGCAGACCGCUGCCAUGGCGUCCGCCGCCGAAGAGUCCGCCGAUAGACCAGGCUCCGGCCUCAGAUGUGUCAUGUACUUCACUGGGCAACACCCAAACGUGCCCUCCAAAGAACUCAUCUCUCACAUCACACACGUGGAAGUGGCUUUCAUGAACUCGAACACCUUCAAUAAGGAUGCCGCCGAGUGGCCCCUUUUCACCACCGUUGACAAAGUCCGAAGCCAAUUUCUGCCCGGCACCAAGGUAAUGGUCGCCAUCGGCGGCUGGGGCGACACCCAGGGCUUCGAUGCGGCCGCCCGCACUCCAGAGUCGCGCAGGAAGUGGGCCAAAAAUGUCGCCGCCAUGGUCAAGGCUACUGGUGCUGAUGGAAUCGAUAUGGACUGGGAAUACCCUGGCGGCAAUGGCGAGGAUUACAAGAAUAUCACCAACGAGGAAAAGAAGUGGGAGAUCGACGCCUACCCCAUGCUGCUAGAGGAAGUCCGCAAGCAGCUGCCCAAGGACAAGCUCAUCUCCGCCGCGACACCCGGCCUCGAGCGUGACAUGAUUGCCUUUACCAAGGAGACGGUCCCUCGCAUCGUGCGCAACCUUGACUUCGUCAAUGUCAUGACGUACGAUAUGAUGAAUCGCCGAGACCACGUCACGAAGCACCACACAGGCUUGGAAUUGUCGAGAAUCGCCGUCAACAACUACAUGGACAGAGGCGUCCCGGCCCACAAGAUCAAUCUCGGCUUCGCCUUCUACACCAAGUUUUUCAAGACGACCGACUGUCCCGAAGGAAAAGAGGUCGGAUGCCCUACGCCCCUGAUGGAGGACCCGAAAACUGGUGGGGACCUGGGACAGACGGGGGGCUUCAGUUACAGCGAUGCUAUUCCGGACGACGUCAAGGCCUCUUUCGAGAAAGCCCAAAAGGAGGGCAAGUAUGAUAAGGAGGGCGGUGGCUACUACUACCUUGACAGGGCUAAGAAAUGGUUUUGGACCUAUGACACUCCCGAUGCCAUCCUCCGCAAGUUCCCGGCCCUUGUUGACGACAAGAGAUUAGGCGGAGUCUUUGCCUGGGGCCUGGGUGAGGAUGGUCCCGACUACAACAGCCUUAAGGCCGUCAACAAAGGGUUAGCAGAGCGUAAGGGCAGAGGAGGAGGUGGUGGUCCCUGGGGUCCCUGGGGUCCCUGGGGUCCUUGGGGCCCUGGUCCUCAUGAGGCCGAUGAGCUGUAG